AUGGCGGGCUCGGCACGCGGGGCCGGUCUCGGGCCCUGGGGGCACAAGCCGCGCGGGGGUCAGGGCGGGGGGUCAGGGCGCGGGGCGCGGGGCGCGGGCGGGGGCAGGGCCGGCCGCGCGCCCCGGACACCCCUCCCCCCGCGCGGGCGGCGGCGGCGGCGGCGGGAGGCUGCGGGCCGGCCGGGAAAAUGGCCGAUGGGCCCGGGGGGCCUGUCACCCGCCGCGCCGGGUCCGCAGCGCGCCCGGGGCCCCGCCGCCCCCCCGCCCCCCGGCCGCCCCGGCCCGUCCCGGGGCCACCCCGCGACCCCGCCGCGCCCGGGCCCGGCUCGCCCCCCCCCCCCCGGGAGCCCCGGGAGCCCGGCCCGGCCCUCACCGAGCCCUGUCCGCGGCGGCGGCGGCGGCGGCCCUCCGCCCCGCCCCGGCCGGCUCCGAGCCCCUCAGCGGCCGCCCCAGGGCCCGGGCCCGCCCCGCCGCCGCCUGCAGGCCCGCCCCGCCGCCGCGCAGCCCCGCAGAGGCGCUCCGGACCGCGGGGGCGGGGCCUGCGGUCACCGCGCCUGGUCGCGGGCCUACGACCUGGGCCGGCACCGCGGGCUGCUCCUGGCCGCGCGUCCGCCCGUCCUUCCGAGCGCGCCGGUUCCUGCAGUCACUCGUCGAGCGUCGAGCCGACCUCCCGGCGCCCCCCUGCGGGCCCCUCCCGCCACCUCCUCCGCGGCUGGGGCCCCGGGGCGCGGGCCGCCCCUCUGGCUGAAAGCCCUCCCGGUGGCGCCCGUCGGGCUCCCGGCCCGGCUGCAGGGCUCCCCUGGAGCUCCGUCGCCCGCGGGCCUCCGCCGCACCGGUGCCCUGGCAGCCGCUGCCCCACGUCCUCCCCCACGUCCUCUGUCACCUCGGCGGGAGCUGCCCUGCGCUGCGCACACGCCCUCGGGGCUGCUCUUCCCUCCCUAG